UUAACAUAUACAUCUCCCUUUCAGUUAACAGUGAUGACCCUCCUCUGCCUGGCUGUCUGCUGCCUCGCAGCUCCUGCCCCUGAACCAGCUCCAGAACCCGCUCCUGCUCCAGCUCCCUCCCCCAGCAUUGGCCUGGGCUUGGGCCUAGGACAUGGCUAUGGAUACGGUGGAAUUGGCCUUGGCUUGGGACUGGGACUGGGUGGCCACUAUGGAGGUUACCACGGAUUGGGCCUGGGUCUGGGCUACCACGCUCCCAUCAUUUCCAAGACCAUCAUUGGCAAGAGCUAUCUGGGCGGCUAUGGCUAUGGACUGGGUCACGGCUACCUCGGCGGCUAUGGACACGGUCUCUACGGACAUGGUCUGGGCUACGGUCUGGGCUAUGGCUAUGGACACGGCUGGUAG